AGCCGUACUUCAAGCCUUCGAAAUUCGCCUUAUGUUCGAGUCGUCAUAUCCGAACAUGGUCUUCCCUUGGCUCUCUAGCUUGCAGCUGAAUGUCAAGUAUUUAUCGUUGCUUUGAACUUUCCCUAUUCUUCUUGCUCUAUUUGUAACAAGAUGUGUCGCUCAACUAGCGCACCCUAGAAGUCGCAGGCUACGCCACAAGGCGUAUCAAACACCACCCCGCUAACACAACUCGAUACUACCCUUCUUACCCACAGUAGCUUACCCAUCUACAUCGCACAACAUCACUUAGUCCUUGGAGUAUGAAAGUCGUCCUGCAGCGCGUUAAAUCCGCGUCUGUAUCUGUCGAUGGAAAGCUCAUAGCGUCGAUCGGCAAGGGCGUCCUUGCACUUGCUGCGGUGGGCAAGGACGACACUAUCCAGGAUUCAGAGAGAGCAGCGGGUAAGCUUCUGAACAUGAAGCUGUGGGAUGAUGAGAGUGGUGGUAGGUGGAAGAAGAGCGUGAAGGACGUCGGCGGCGAAGUUCUUUGCAUUUCGCAAUUCACCCUCUUUGCCUCUACCAACAAGGGUAACAAGCCUAGUUUUCACAAAUCUGCAGACGCUGAAAAAGGACGGGAGUUGUAUACGGCUUUCUUUACUGAGGUGCAGAAGCAGUAUGAUCAGGACAAGGUUAAAGAUGGAGUUUUUCAGGCAAUGAUGGAUGUCGCCCUCGUCAACGACGGUCCUGUAAGUGAGAAUAGUGCUAGCCCCCUGGAUGAAGAGACGCCGUUAUGUGCUUCCGGUGAGCUGAGAGAUCGUGGGGAUGCAUCGGAUGCAGAUCAAAAUCUGCGGACUGAGGACAUUCCUGUGACGAACGAAAACCCGCCACCAGAGAAUGGGCAGCCACGCUCGCAAUCGGAUGCCGAUAACAUGGCAGACAGACUCACCAAACUUCCGCCGCUGGGCAUAAAGUACAUAUGCGAGCACGAAGCUGUGAGCCCCCCUUCAGUUUGAACUUGUUCUGAUGGUGUGAGACAGGUUACGCUGAUACUGAACACGGCGACAGGUAACUCUGGAGAUUGAUACAAAUCCAGGACCUAUAGAUGUACCAAGCGAUAUGCAAAAAGUUAAGGUACAAGGAAAUAUGUCUGUUGAUGAGCUUGCUCAGAUUGUUAAAGAGAUGACGUAUGACUUCAAUCUGUCGCCCGAGCUCAUGGAGUGACGCAAACGCACUUGCCAUAUUUAUUACUAGUAUAUAGACAAUAGAGAGUUCAGACGUAUCGUGGCAUGUAAGGAUGUUGUUUUCUGUGAUUAUUCCUCCACCACAUCUCGGCUUGUCUAAGCUGCA